UUUUGGUGUUGCAUUAAAAUCUUCUAACUCUACGAGACCAGAAAAAAAUGGCAUUCAAGAAAACUGUAGAACAGCAAAACAUGGAGAGGGCAUGCAGAUCCUGGAAGGAGAACUCUUACUGCAGGCAUUAAAUGGUUUUGUAUUAGUUGUUACGGCUGACGCUCUGGUUUUUUAUGUCUCUUCUACUAUACAAGACUACUUGGGGUUCCAACAAUCUGAUAUUAUACACCAGAGUGUAUUUGAAUUGAUUCACACAGAAGACAGACCUGAGUUUCAGCGACAGCUACAUUGGGCAUUAAGUCCUGCCCAGUCUGCAGAUUCUGGACCAAGUGUACAAGGAGAUAAUGGCUUUUCACAGCCAGCAACCUAUUAUAACCCAGACCAACUUCCUCCAGAGAAUUCUUCCUUUAUGGAAAGGAAUUUCAUCUGCAGGUUACGAUGCCUCCUGGAUAAUUCAUCUGGGUUCCUGGCUAUGAAUUUUCAAGGACGGUUAAAGUUUCUCCAUGGACAAAACAAGAAAGGGAAGGAUGGUGCUACUUUGUCUCCUCAGCUUGCUCUGUUUGCAGUAGCUACUCCCUUGCAGCCACCAUCUAUCCUUGAGAUACGAACCAAAAACUUCAUCUUCAGAACUAAACACAAACUGGAUUUCACGCCUACUGGCUGUGAUGCAAAAGGAAAGAUUGUCCUGGGAUACACUGAAGCAGAGCUGUGUAUGAGAGGAACAGGAUACCAGUUUGUUCAUGCAGCUGAUAUGCUUUAUUGUGCUGAAAAUCAUGUCCGAAUGAUGAAGACAGGUGAAAGUGGAAUGACUGUAUUUAGGCUUCUAACCAAAGAAAAUCGAUGGGCCUGGGUACAGGCAAAUGCACGUCUUGUCUACAAAAAUGGAAGACCAGAUUACAUCAUUGCUACACAAAGACCUCUUACAGAUGAAGAAGGGGCAGAACAUCUACGGAAGCGUAACAUGAAGCUGCCCUUCAUGUUUGCCACUGGUGAGGCUGUGUUAUGUUUCCCUAUGUCAAGCCUUAUGGAUCCUUCUCAGCUGAAGAAUAAAAGCACAACGGGAAAAGGAGCCAAAGCAACACUGCACAAUGAUUCUGUGGAUCCAAACUCCCUCCUAGGUGCCAUGUUAAGGCAAGAUGAGUCUGUGUAUCUCUGCCCUCCAGCAUCACAUAAACUUUCCUUUGAGCGGAGCUUCUUUGCAGACAGCAGGGAUGAACUGGGUGGUGGUGUUAGCAGCGGCUGGACAGAUAAUCUCCUACCUGCAGGGAAUCACAACAUUCUCAAACGGGAGGUAAUGGAGUGUCCCCAGGACAGUAGUAUUCCGCUUCCUGAAGACAGUGCAGCACUCUUUCAAGAUAACAAAACCAGUGAUUUGUACAGCAUCAUGAAAAAUCUAGGUAUUGACUUUGAAGAUCUAAAGUGUAAUGAGGAGUUUUUUAAAACUGAAUUAUCUGGUGUGGAUGACAUUGGGGACAUCGACAUAACUGAUGAAAUCCUGACUUAUGUUCAGGAUUCCUUAAGUAAGUCUGACUUCUUGUAUUCAGGCUGUAACCAGCAGCAGCCCCUGGUCCAGAAUGAAGGUUGCUUGGUACAGCAAGAGUUAGAUCCACAUCAGCUUCAUCAGCACCAGAAACAGCACGUGGAGCAGCAACAGCAGCAGCAGCAGCUCUGUCAAAAGAUGAAGCAUAUGCAAGUCAACGGGAUGUUCACAAAUUGGAGCUCUGGCACCAGCAUGUCUCUUAGCUGCUCGCAGCAGCAGCCCCAGCAAUAUGUGUUCCCUGGCACGCAUACCACUACAUCUGAGUUCUCUUACAAAUCAGAAGUAAAUGCUUCCCCUUAUGCGUGUAGGCAAGAGUUUAUUCCUUAUAAACAACCCACAGCAAUGAUGCCGCAGCUUUCUAAUUUUGCUCAAAUGGAUUUCCCUGUAGCAGGUUUUGACAAAUCGACCUAUUCUGCUUCUUCCAACUUGGAGGAUUUUCUGAGUUGUUUGCAGCAAGUCCCUGAAAAUCAUGAGUGUGGGCUAAACUCUGAGUCGGUUAUGCUAACUCCUCAAACAUGCUAUGCAGGCGCUGUUUCUAUGUACCAGUGCACGCAAGAAGCACAACCUAGCUGCAUGGAUCAAAUGCAAUAUGAUCCUAUGAUGGCAAGUCAACAAACGUUGUUGAACAAGUUCCAAAAUGGUUUCAAUGGAGGAAACGUAAAUGAAGCAUAUCCCUCUCAGUUAGAUGUGAUCAGUAAUGCACAGACUGCCACACAUCUUCAGCCUCUUCAUCAUCCGACAGAACCCAGAUCCUUCUCAGACUUGGCAUCUAGUGGAUUUAUGUGAUUCAGAUCUAGAGCUCCAUCUGUGAUUUUGUCUGGGUGUCAGGCUGCUCUGAGGAAAAGCUUGAUAAGUCUAUCUUUGAGUAUCAGACUUUAACAACUAAAUUACAUUUUGAGAAUAUGAGGUUGAUUGCACUAUAUACUGGUGGAUAUGUAAUCUGAGACCUGGCUUUUUAGAGUGACAGGUGGAAUUCAAACUUCUGACUAAAAGUACGCAUGUGCUGUUUUCCAUCAGAUUGACUGUGUCGUUGCGGUAUGGAUUACAUAUGUACUACAGACUGUGUCAUGCUAUACAACAUAAGAUAAGGCAAAUGGUUUUGUUGUUUAGAAAAUAAUUGGGCACUUUACAAAUUGCAUCAAUGGCACAAGGAAGAUGAUUUCACAUGUGAAUUAUUUCCAGACUUU